CUGACAUUGCGAUAGUAACGCUGAUAACAAAUUUCUAGUAAAUCCUUUUUUGCUGACUGUUCGUGCCUAGUGUUUUAUAGACGAGAACUGUGUAUCGUGAAUACUUACUCGAGUUUAAGUGUAGUGCUGUGUUUUGUGUUUCUUGGAUAAUGACUAAGAUUUUUGUGUUGACUGUAGCUAGUGGUCUUGCGUCGUGUUAAGGUAUAUCAUGCAGCUACUGUCAACAUCCAGUGCAGCAAUAUUACACAAGAAUCUCCGAUUCAAAUAAACCUGAUGUAUUUCGAAAAAUGACGCAUGCGGCCAAACGUAAGACGAAGACGUCCCGUGAAUGAUCAGGCGUUGGGCAGCGCGGCACACACACAGCGAUGCAAGAGAUAUGCAACACCGCUGCCUUGCCGCUCGACACUAACCCGCUGGUGCGCAAGAUAAAAUGCGAAGAGUUUCCCACGAUCAGAGGGAAGCAACACACGAGAGUUGGCAUGGGGGUGCGCGAUGAAAUGGAAGAGGACUUCGCCGUGAAGACGAGGAACACGCCGCCGAUGGGGCCGGCGCCGGGGCAGGACCACCCGCGCAUGGAGCAUGGUGGCAACGGCUUCUGGCUGGCGGCCGUCACCACGGCCGGCGCGCCGCACCCCAUGCUCGAGACAUGUACUGAGACUGGCUUCAUCAACAGCCAACCUUCCAUGGCUGAAUUCAUGACCGCCUUACCGCAACUGGGAGGAGGAGAACUCAGUCCGCAACAUACUCCCCCGGGAUACGCGCCCGACCUGCCCUCGCCUGGUGGCGGCCUCAACGUGCCCGAGUACCCUUGGAUGAAAGAGAAAAAAACUACGAGAAAGAGCAGUCAACAAGAUCAGAAUCGAGAGUUUACUGAGCAUGCUGGAGACUCUACAGUGUAG